AUUGACACUUUUUUUGGUGUUUUUUUUUUUAUUUUUUUGGAAUCCUAUCAAAAAUUUCAAGUGUAUUUUUAUUAUUUGAAGAUUAAAUAAUGAUAUCUAUUUUUUUUUAAUGCAAUUUUUAAUUUGCUUUACGAUUUUUAUAGGGAUUUCAAAGAAAGGGAAACAAAUUUUCCGAUAUAUGUAAAAUUCUUCUUUUUUUUUUUUUAAAUAAUGUCUAAUAAUUUUGGAAGUUCACGCGAAAGAUGGAAUAUUCAGGCAUCGAAUAUUGCAAAAAAAACUUAUAAUCCAAUAAGAUCGAUUGUGGAAAAUAUUGUUGUUGAUCCAAAUCCAAAUAAAAAAAUGAUUGCACUUUCUAUUGGUGAUCCAACAACAUUUGGGAAUUUAAAACCAGCUAAAGAAGUCAUUGAGGCUGUUCAAGAAAGUGUUUCUUCGCAAUUAUAUAAUGGAUAUGCGCCUUGUACAGGCUAUCAAGCAGCUCGAGAGGCUGUUGCUCAUUACAGCUCCAAUGAGUUUUUAAAAGUGGAUCCUCAGGAUGUAAUCCUUUGUAGUGGAUGUUCGUGCGCUUUGGAUCUUUGCAUUACAGCAGUUGCACGCGAAGGACAAAAUAUAUUAAUUCCAAAACCAGGUUUUUCGAUAUAUCGAACACUCGCUGAGGGUCUUGGAAUUACAGUGAGAUCCUACAAUCUAAGGCCCGAUUGUGGCUGGGAAAUUGAUCUCGACAAUUUAGAAUCACAAAUUGAUGAAUCAACCGCUGCUAUUAUUAUAAAUAAUCCAUCGAAUCCAUGUGGCUCGGUUUUUAGUCGUAAUCAUUUACACGAUAUUCUUGACAUUGCUGCCAAAUAUUAUGUACCAAUUAUUGCUGAUGAAAUUUACGAGCACAUGGUUUUUCCCGGACGGAAAUUUUAUUCCUUGGCAUCGUUAUCAACGGAAGUUCCGAUUUUAUCCUGCAGUGGCUUAACCAAAAGGUUUCUCGUACCUGGGUGGCGAAUGGGUUGGAUUAUUAUUCACGACCGGCAGAAUAUUUUAGGAAAAGAGAUUCGAAAAGGACUGCAUUGCUUAACUCAGAGAAUAAUUGGUAGUAAUACGUUAAUUCAAGGUGCGCUUCCUCGAAUUUUGAGAGAAACGCCACAGAAUUAUUUCGAUGAGAUUAUCCGAACUUUAUAUAAUCACUCAAAGUUAACGUAUAAUUACAUCGUAAAUAUUCCAGGACUUAAACCAAUCAUGCCAGACGGCGCCAUGUAUAUGAUGGUACAAAUUGAUUUGAAUUCAUUUCCGGAAUUUCAAUCGGAUCUUGAAUUUGUGCAACGAUUAUUAGCAGAGGAAUCAGUUUUUUGUCUUCCUGGAUUGUGCUUUGAUUAUCCAUCCUAUAUGAGACUGGUAAUUACACUACCGAUAGAAAUGUUGGAGGAGGCAUGCAACAGAAUUGAACAAUUUUGCAUGAGGCAUCACAUCAAAACUUCUCAAUCGAGAAAUUCUCUAGAUGGCAUUGUCAUUCCAUAUUAGGCACCAUAUAUAUAAUAUAAUAAAUAUCAUAUUAUGAUAAUAUAAGCUAUCUCUAAAUUCCUAUAUCUUAAGUUUGUACAUAGUUGUAAACAUUUUUUUUUUAUAUAUAAAUUGUUCUAGUGUGAUUAAAUACAUAAGAUUUUUUUUUUUU